GAGCUCUAUCGUCUGAAAUACUCAGCGCGUUUCUACUUCGACCAACUCCGAUGCCKCAUCACUAUUCAGUUGGAUAACCAUCUGAGCCAGAGCUUGCGGGUACAUGAACGACGAAGCAAAGAAGUCACCAAUGAAGUUACCACGAAUCGUGAGUCGAGCUCGAAAGUUCAUGCGUAACACGGUGAGGAUACAUGCGUUGGUAAAAAAGAGCGACCAACCCAAAGCAAUGAAUCCAUGGUUAAUUGCUCCAAGGCUAAAGAGGACAAUCCAUCCAACGUAACAGAGRGCAUAUACCACAGUCAGCAGAGCAUUUCUUGWCUUGUUCUUUUGUUUCGGGUCCAUGACAGCACUAGUGUAAACUUGGUAAAACGACAGAAAGGGUAAAAAUAGRGCCUUAAGGAAUUCAACUGAUUGCUCCGAGGUGGGAAGAUGCAUGCCCUUUUCCUUUCUGCUCUCGUGAACGAAGCCAAGAGAAAUGAUAAAUUCGAAAACGUUGAAUAUUCCACCGAAUAAAGGUGUGGUCCAAGAUUGACCCACUUUUGGGAGCAAAACGWUCGGKUCGAUUUUGUUAGGGUUCUUCCCUUCCUCAAUUGCUUUGCACAUUACAUAGACUGACAAGCACAUGAUUAACAUCAAUAGAUUGAAGGGYAGCCCAAAAACAAUGCUGGCCGCUUGCAAUGCUUUGAGGGCUUUGUCUUUUCCGGCGAUGAGUAGAGCACAUGCAACCGCUAACGUAUCAUUGAAUGCAUAUUUUUAGAAAGAGAGAGGCUACAUUAGCUGGCCAAUUUCGGAAACGACUGCGACUUCGUGCUUGCCCGUCAACUUACCUCCCUCAGUCACAGCCCAAAACACCCGUUGAAUCCAGUGGUGAUCCGAUUCCCCAUUAGAUGCGAGAGUGUCAACAACCAAACUUCCCGAAUCAGAGGAAGUAAUGAAAUAUAUCGCAAGUGUAAAAAUACUCAAGCCUGACAAGAAUGGUCCGAAACCUCCAAAGCCGUUAGUAUCAGGGUACGAAAAGGAAUACAUGACCUUAGAAUUUUUGAMAAAUAACAAUKAAGAUUCGGGUAGAGGGGAGCRUUAAUUCAUGUGAGCUUUGUUAGUAAAAAUCAAUGCUAAACGCGAGCAUAGAUGGACGGAAAAUGCUUACAUUGAACCAUGCGCCGUCUGMAUUGCCCGAAUUGAACGUGCAGACMGGUGUGAUACCGASGAGUUGAUUAGUGAAGACAGUAGUACCAUUAACUACGACGUCCUSCUGUGGAACAUCAUAACAAAAUUCAGAUUCUUCAGAUACGAAGUAACUUGAAUCAUUAAAUGAAUCAGUUCCAAUCUGCUGUAAUUCCAAGGCUUGUCGUUGCUGCCGAAGUCCAAUACCCCCCAUGAAGGAAAACCAAAUGAGAGAGUACAAGACUGGGCAAAUGAAGACCGAGAAGAURACUUCUCUAAGUGUUCUAUUCUUCGAAAUGCGACCAACGAACAUUCCCACGAAGCAAGCCCAAGCAACCCACCAAGCCAUAUAGAACACAGUCCAUGCUCCGAUGAACCACGACGCCGAGCCGUUUCCGUCGACCGCUCGGCCUUCACCUUCCGUGAGUGCCCCAAAUGCAUCCGUAAAGAAGGGUACCUGAAAGAUACACCACUGCAAGUAGGAUCCUGUAGUUUGAACUAAUAGGUUCAGUAAAAAUUUGGUGUUUUCCAUAACAAAGCAUAAAAAGAGGAUCAGACAUCCCAAAUAGAAUGCGAUGUUGGCCAAAAUUUUGAUACCGAAUGACAACCCAGAAACGACGGAAAUGGUGGCAACUGCGGUUAUAACCCAAAUAAGAAUGACGUAGACAUCCUCUAGAUCUUCUCUCUCAGGAUCAACCCAUCCAAGACGUUGUAGACCCGCUGAAGAUAGUAUCAAGAUAUGGGGAAGUAAAGCAAUGCCUUCUGUGUCAGAAAAUUCACCAUUCGUAACAGAUGAAAGUUAGCAUUCAUUAUAGGAACACUUACCAACCAUUUGCAUCGCGCCUAGACCUAGAGAUGUGCAUACUCCUGCGACGGUCAUUACGAUGGAGUAGCUGUCUAUGAGAUCACCUAUCCAACCCCAGCAGUAAUCUCCCAAAAUCGGGUAAAAUGUUGAUCGGAUCGUCAUCGGUAGUCCGAAGCGAUAGCUUGCUAAUCCAGUAGCAAGAGCCACAAGAAUGUCUAUAUUUUGAAUUCAGACAGCAAUCAAAUCGUGAGGGCACGACAACAUUGUGUUUACAUAACUCGCAGAAUUUCUUCUGCAUUCAUACUAUGAUCAAGAACUUACAAACACUCCAUCCAGCGAAUCCCCAAUGGCUGUGAAGCGACCGAUGCAAAACAAUUAUGGGCAAAAAAAAAUUGAGUACAGAAUGAGAUUAUAAAGUCAUGGUUUCCAGCAUUGGUUGGUUCCAAAUAUUUCCACAUCCCUGUUCAGUUAUGCACGAAGAUACUUACUACAACGUGAUAACAAGAGACCACUCGUCGAUUUCGUUCUGUGAGCGGUAUCCAGCAUUCGAGAAAUAAUUAUCUGGGCGUACGUGCCAGAGAGGCUCGCUAACUCCAUAGAAGAACAACCCCACACCGACACCGGCACUGAAAAUCAUGGCGAAGUAGCUGGCAUUCGAAAACUCGGGUUCCGCAUCCUUUUCACCGAGUUUGAUGUUACCGAAACGGUAUGCAACCCAAAAGAUGAAAAAGGUCAGGAUCGGAUUAGCAACUGUAUAUUAUGAGGGACGGCAUGAUCACGAUGAAGAGUGAGUGCAAGGCAAAAUAUGAUUGAGAUUUAUUUGUGACGAGAAUGCGCCCAUGAGUAGGAAGUGCGACUGGCGUUGGAGCAAGUUCAAAGACUAGUAACUGUGUAAUGCUUACCGAUAUAGAACCAUGUGAACAAGUCAAUGGUGUUAUUAAACCAAAAGUUCAGAGUUUCGCUUGCUUUUUCGGGCUGAGCGAUGCAAUAGGCAGUCAAUCCCCACAAUACGGCAAGCGCAAUGACGGAUACGACCGGAUUGAAUGUCAUUGAGUUCUUCAGAAAAGGCAGCUUCACUUCAAAUGAACGCAUUGGGAAUUGGAAUGGGCUUUUGCCAUCCGAGCUCGCGGUAGGCUUCUUCUCAUCGUCUAUGGGAUCCNCGUUGUUGCGGAUCUCCGCAUUUGCGGUCUGCGAUACUCAAUCAAGUGCGGAUCUCCGUAUUCAAGUUAUUUGCGGUCUGCGAUACUCAAUCAAGCGCGGAUUCCCAUUGUUCUUUGCGGUCUGCGAUACUCAACAACCAACCAUAUUAUCUCCAAGUCAAUCCGUAUCAAGUUAUCACAAACCAAUCUCUCUGAAGGGUGUAGUGCCAAGCCAAUAUGUCUACUGACCAGCCAGCGAUGGCAGGAGGAGAGCAUCUUCAUCACGGAAGUGAGGUAUGUCACCAUAAGGGGAGGAACGGAAGUGAUGAGGUGCUUGAUCCAAYGGAAGACUUCAUUCAAUGUGAGGAGAUUGGUGAUGAUAGUUUAGUUCGAGUGUUUGCUUCAAAAUAGCAAAGGGAAACAGGGCUCCUGCGCUUGCUCCUGUGCUCAGUCUUUUCAUUCACCAAACGAAAGAGAUCGAAACUAGUACGGGGGGGGGGGGGGUUCGGGGCUCUCGCGCUUGCUCUUGUCCUGGGGACCACAUGGCAGGCACACCCCGGAUCCGUUCGUUCGGUUGUUCGUUCGCACCGGCCGACCAAAACACCCCACGAAUUCAUUCGUAAACAGUGGCGCGGUUCGUUUCCCGGUGCGACGUGUUGCGACGCGCAACCCACGGAUCUUGCCUUUGUUCUCGCCUGCCCUGGUUCAGUCGCCUGUGUGGUUACCGUGUCGGUGUAUGGUACGGGCUGUCCUCCGCUGCGGUUCGGUUCGGUUCGGUUCGAUUCCCUUCGUUUCUGCUCCGUUUUGCUUUCACGUUCUUGGUUCUUUCGGUCCCACCGCGAAACGGUGGAUUCCAUUCGAGGUUUUGCAUUUUGCUCUGCACUCGCUUUUACUCGCGAUUCCACUCAAUCUGAACGAAAACUGCAGUCCUUUAUCAACUAUCGAUACCCUCGACCGAUCCAUUGUUGCUGGAAGACCAAUCCAUUCGGCCGUGCGGAUACAUCCUCCUGCGGUGAGUGUGUACGUCGCACUCCUUUCCCCUCGGCGUGGAUCUCGGCACGGCACGGCACGGAAUUUCGCAUUUUCACUCCGGUACCAACUCCGUUUGUGGUGCUCUUAAGGGCGUGCGACGAGGCACACAAAAAGGACACGGGUUCCAUGGCUGCGAGCAAAGCGGGCAUCCGGUCGUGAUCGCGAGGCAACGACCAGGCCCCACACAGUUUCCAG